AAUAAAUCCGAAAAGAAAACUAAAAUCUCCACAAAUCACCGCCACCCAACACCUGUCACUUUCCCAUUGGAAGCUCCCCUCUUGACCACCCUUUUUAAUAAACCCAAAAUACUCCCCUUUUCUAUCACGCACGGAGAGAGAGAGAGAGAGAGAGAGAUCCGUCUCUGCAAAUCUCUUUCCACGAAGUAACUUUUAGUUUGAUAUAUAAAGGAUGUCUCCAACUGAAUCAUCACGUGAAGAGAAUGUUUACAUGGCCAAGUUGGCCGAACAGGCUGAACGUUAUGAAGAAAUGGUGGAGUUUAUGGAGAAAGUUGCAAAGACAGUUGAUAAUGAGGAGCUAACCAUGGAGGAAAGGAACUUGCUCUCUGUGGCCUACAAAAAUGUGAUUGGAGCUCGGAGGGCUUCAUGGAGGAUCAUCUCUUCCAUUGAGCAGAAGGAAGAGAAUAGGGGAAAUGAAGAUCAUGUGACAAUAAUCAAGGAGUACAGGGGAAAGAUCGAAGCUGAGCUCAGCAAGAUCUGUGACGGUAUCCUGAGCCUCCUUGAGACACAUCUUGUUCCCUCUGCCUCAGCUGCUGAGUCCAAGGUAUUUUACCUCAAGAUGAAGGGUGAUUACCAUAGGUAUCUUGCUGAGUUUAAGACGGGGGCUGAGAGGAAGGAAGCUGCUGAGAGCACUUUGUUGUCUUACAAGUCUGCUCAGGAUAUUGCUCUUUCUGAACUGGCUCCUACCCACCCAAUAAGGCUGGGGCUUGCACUUAACUUCUCUGUCUUCUACUAUGAGAUCCUUAACUCUCCUGAUCGUGCUUGCAAUCUUGCUAAGCAGGCUUUUGAUGAGGCUAUUUCCGAGCUGGAUACUUUGGGUGAGGAGUCUUACAAGGACAGCACAUUGAUCAUGCAACUUCUCCGUGACAAUCUGACACUCUGGACUUCUGAUAUCACGGAUGAUGCUGGGGAUGAGAUCAAGGAAGCAUCAAAACGUGAAUCAGGCGAUGGGCCACAGUGAUGAAGUUCAGUUCAUAGGAUAAUGCACUCUGUACUUCUAUCUGGUGAUAUUUACAGACGCCAUUUGGGUUAUUGUAGCUGGAUGUUUUAAUGAAUUUGAUAGCCUUGAGUGUGGUACCAACAGAUUAUCAAGUUUUUAGUAGCGAUGCCUACAAUCUCUGUUGGUGUUAAUCAUUUUUUUUUUAUAUAUAUAUCCGUGGAUCUGGUUUGAAUGCAUCCUUUGGCCCUGCCAUGUGAUGUCAUUGUUCGACCGUUGUUUUCUA